AUGGGAGACGUUCUGUGUGUAAGUGCUGUCAGACCAGGAUGCAGCAGCUGCUCUUCGGAGAGAAGGGGCUCCCAACAAAUCCAAGGCCUUCAGCACAUGGAAGCAGGGACUACAGCAGAGCAGAGACAAGGCAUCCCGUUUGGAGCUGCCACAUCCUAUAUACAUCUAGAGAAGCUGUGUGAAGGAUCCUGUGCAACUGUGUACAAGGGGAUCAGCAGGAUCAACAGCCAGGUGGUGGCACUGAAAGUGAUCAAGCUGGAGGCAGAGGAGGGAGUGCCCUUUACAGCCAUUCGGGAAGCUUCUCUUCUCAAGUGUUUGAAACAUGCCAACAUUGUACUGCUUCAUGACAUUAUCCAGACCAAGGAGACACUAACAUUUGUCUUUGAGUACAUGCACACAGAUCUAGCACAGUACAUGGGCCAGCAUCCUGGAGGACUCCAUUCAUGCAAUGUUAUGCUCUUCAUGUUCCAGCUUUUGCGUGGCCUGGCUUACAUCCACCAACAACACAUUCUUCACCGAGAUCUGAAACCCCAGAACUUGCUCAUCAGUUGCCUCGGUGAGCUCAAAUUAGCCGACUUUGGCCUUGCUCGUGCCCAGUCCAUCCCCAGACAGACAUACUCCUCUGAAGUUGUGACACUCUGGUACCGUCCUCCUGAUGUGCUGCUUGGAGCUACAGCUUAUUCUUCUGAUAUAGAUAUCUGGAGUGCAGGCUGUAUAUUUGUGGAAAUGAUCCAGGGUCAGCCAAUAUUUGCAGCAACUUCUGGUACUCAUGAACAGCUGGAGAAGAUCUGGGCGGUAUUGGGGGUCCCAACUGAAGACACCUGGCCAGGACUUUCCAAGCUCCCCAACUAUAAGCCAGAACGGGUUGCUUCCAGAAGACCUCAGAGACUCCGAGUCAUCUGUGACAGGAUGAGCAGGGUGCCAGCAGCAGAGAAUUUGGCCUCCAGGAUGCUCACAGCCUUCCCUCGAGGCCGAAUCUCUGCACAAGAUGCGCUUCUUCAUAGCUUCUUCAGCCCUCUGCCUCCUCAGCUCUACCAGGUUCCUGCUGGACAAUCAGUGCUCACAGUUCCAGGGGUGAGACUGCAACCUGAAAUCUGUGACCUGUUUGCUUCUUACGGAAAAGGCCGUGUCUCAGGAGGUUUGAGCAAGUUUUGGUAG